AGCCCAUUAAAACGUUGUUACUAGGGUUUAACUCACUCCCUCAUUUCUUCAUCCUCUCAGUGCCCCCUUCCCUUACCCCUUUCCCCCUUCCCCCUUUCUCUUCAGGCGAAAGCACAGAAACCCUAGUUUCUGCGUUCUUCAAUCCGUGAACAUGGGUAUUUCUCGUGAUUCUAUGCACAAGAGACGUGAGACUGGUGGCAAGAAGAAGGCUUGGAGGAAGAAGCGAAAGUACGAGCUCGGGAGACAGCCAGCAAACACAAAGCUUUCAAGCAACAAGACAGUAAGGAGGGUUAGAGUUCGUGGUGGUAAUGUUAAGUGGCGUGCACUGAGGCUGGAUACUGGCAACUUUUCAUGGGGUAGUGAGGCAGUGACCCGCAAGACCCGUCUAUUAGAUGUUGUUUACAAUGCAUCCAACAAUGAGUUGGUUAGGACACAGACUUUGGUGAAGAGUGCUAUUGUCCAGGUUGAUGCUGCACCAUUUAAGCAGUGGUACAGUCAGCAUUACGGAGUUGAAAUUGGACGUAAGAAGAAGGCAGCUGCUGCUGCUGCUGCUGCCAAGAAGGAAAGCGAGGAGAGUGAGACCACAGAGGAAACCAAGAAGAGCAACCAUGUCACCAGAAAGCUAGAGAAGCGUCAGGAGACCCGUACUUUGGACUCUCACAUCGAAGAACAAUUUGGUGGUGGUCGUUUGUUGGCCUGCAUUUCUUCCCGCCCUGGUCAAUGUGGCCGUUGUGAUGGAUAUAUUUUGGAGGGUAAGGAGCUGGAAUUCUACAUGAAGAAAAUCCAGAAGAAGAAGGGCAAGGCAGCUGCUUAAAUCUUUUUGCUGUAGAAGAUAUCAGGGAUGACUGUUUUCUUUUUGAUGGUCUAGUCCUAGAACGUUUUGGUAUUUCAUGUGGCACUUUUAUGUUUAUGUUACCUCUAGUAAUACUCCGGCUCACAUUUUUGACUGCUAUGUUCCGUUUAAUGUUUGUGCUAUGAGUGUGCUAUGAAUUUUUCUGAGACAUAAAUAUCAUGGGCACUUCUGGAGGCA